UUUCUGGAAACCCCUCUCUCUCUCUAGAGCCUCAUCUUCGACCUCAGAGAAAAGAGCAGUACACAGCGUCUGUUCUGCUCCAGCAGCUACACCUACCACCGCCGCAUAGAGAGAGAAAAGCUUCAAUCCAACAGUAAAGAGGAUUCCGAAGCACAAUAACAGACUCUAUUGGAUGGCGAUUAUACCUUGUGGAAGUACAGCAAUUAUACCUUUUGGAAGUACAUGGGUGGCUCGAUGGGGAGUUCAACCUCAAUUUAUAUCAAGAUCUUCUAUUACAAGCAAGUUAUCAACGUCAUCACAGUGCGUCUCAAGCAAGAUAAGGGCAUUGGCAUCACCAGGCUCAACCAUAUUUUCUCAAGAUACAAUGCAUGCACUGUUUAAUACAGGGCCAUCUAAGAAUCCUUGUUACCGGAGGGGAGCUCGUCUCAUUGUCAGAGCGGAUAGCGAUUUCUAUUCUAUCCUUGGGGUGUCAAAAAAUGCCAGCAAAUCAGAGAUCAAAAGUGCUUAUCGAAAGCUUGCCAGGAGUUACCAUCCCGACGUGAACAAAGAACCAGGAGCAGAAUCAAAAUUUAAGGAGAUUAGUAAUGCUUAUGAGGUUUUGUCAGACGAUGAGAAACGUUCUAUAUAUGACAGAUACGGGGAGGCGGGGCUUAAAGGUGCUGGCAUGGGCACGGGGGAUUUCAGCAACCCCUUUGAUCUGUUCGAGUCAUUAUUUGAUGGCUUGGGAGGUAUGGGUGGUAUGAACAUGGGUGGAAGAGGUUCUCGGAACAGGGCCACAGAGGGUGAAGAUCAGAUCUACAAUCUGAUCUUGAAUUUCAAAGAAGCAGUAUUUGGAGUAGAGAAGGAGAUUGAAAUAACUCGGCUUGAAACCUGUGGCACCUGUGAUGGGUCAGGGGCCAAACCUGGGACCAGGCCAUCCAAAUGUACCACCUGUGGUGGGCAAGGGCAAGUUGUCUCAUCAGCAAGGACCCCACUGGGUGUCUUCCAACAGGUAAUGACGUGCUCUACUUGUGGUGGUACGGGGGAGAUUUCUACUCCAUGCAACACGUGUGGUGGUGAUGGGCGAGUAAGGAAAUCAAAGCGUAUUAGCCUGAAAGUUCCCGCCGGGGUUGAUUCUGGCAGCCGGUUAAGGGUCCGGUCAGAAGGCAAUGCAGGAAGGAGAGGGGGUCCCCCUGGAGAUCUUUUCGUGACAAUUGAAGUUCUUCCAGACCCUGUACUGAAACGUGAUGACACCAAUAUUCUCUUUACUUGUAAGGUUACUUACAUUGAUGCCAUCUUAGGAACCACAAUGAAAGUUCCUACAGUGGAUGGAAUGGUGGAUCUGAAAAUCCCAGCUGGUACUCAGCCAGGAACGACACUGGUGAUGGCAAAAAAGGGCGUUCCGUUUCUGAACAAAAGUAAUAUGAGGGGUGAUCAGUUGGUGAGAGUCCAAGUUGAGAUUCCGAAACGGCUAAGUGGUGAAGAGAAAAAGCUUAUUGAAGAACUUGCCAACCUAAACAAGGCCAAAGCUCCUAACAGUAGGAGAUAGUAAGAAGUGAGGGUGGUAACAUAUGCAGUUGCCGUUAAACCUUCUUAGUUUGAGUGAUAUUUUAAGUUUUACAUUAUUGCUGGAAUUGUCAGCAGGAAUUUUCAGUGAAAUCUCAAUGGCUCUAGCUACCUGCAGCUGCUUUGUAGUCGUAGGGAGUUUUUCGGGUUAGUUUUGUACUGUGUAUUAUACAUUAAUAUUCGAGGGAAAGAGGAAGAAAAUUAGAGAGACAUUUUUACUUAAUUAUUCCUGUUUUUGGCCUUCUA